AUGACCUUCCCUCUAAACUUGCUUCUUGUAAUUGCCAGUGUAGUAAUCAUCUUUUCUAUUCCUGCUUCUGUGCAAGCGGAUCGUUCAUUCAGCCUGAAAGACCUUGGCGGCGGGAACGACAUCGGGGAUGUGAUAAGGGGAGUGCUGGGCGCGAACUCAAGUCUGGCGAGCGGAUUGGGGGCAUUCCUCGGCGAUCACGGGAGCGUGAUCUAUCAGAAUGGUCUGAGGAACAAGAAGACGAACCAGACCAUCUGUCCGAGGAUGAGCGUAAUCUUUGCGAGGGGGACGAAUGAGCCCGGCAAUGUCGGCUUCCUCGCGGGUCCAGCGUUCUUCGCUGCUAUUGGAGAGUAUAUGAACGGCACGAACCAACUCGCCAUCCAAGGCGUGGACUACGAAGCUCAACCCGCUGGCUUUUUCGCCGGGGGUUCACAGAAAGGUGCUGCGAAGAUGGCCUCCCUGAUCAACUCCACCCUGCUUGCCUGUCCCACGACGCCUCUCCUCGUCUCCGGCUACUCCCAAGGCGCACAGCUCGUGCACCUCGCAACCUCCUCUCUUCCAAACACGACGACCUCACGCAUAACCAGCAUCGUGAUGUUCGGGGACCCUCAGAACGGGACUGCGAUCAGUGGGGUGGACGGUAGCAGGGUGAUGACCGUGUGCCACGCGGGCGAUGAUAUAUGUAAGGGCGGUGCGAAGGUUACGGCCGAUCAUCUGAGUUAUAGCAAAGAUGCGAGCGCGGCGGCCAUGUGGGCCAUGGGGAGCGUCGCGAAUUUGGGCAUUACCAGUAUGAGGAUGAUAGACUUGAUAAAAGUUGGGAGGGCGAUUGGGUAG